GAGCUGAACCCCAGCACCGCGCUGCUGCUCGGGGGUUAAGCGGUGUUAUUUCACACCAGGACGGGAGCAAGCGGCGUGGGAACCAUCUCCUUGGGGCUCAGCAGAGCCAAACCCCCGUUCCCUCCACAGCCGGAACCUUCCCCGCUGAUUGUGCUACAGCCGUGACGAGGUCCGGGUCUGGCCGGGCCCCCCCAGGCCCGGAAAGGGCCGUUCCGGUGCGCAGUGAGGCGGGGCUGGCUCCCGGCCAUGGGGCUGCGCUGGCUCAGUGCGCUGCUGCUGCUGCUGCUGCUGCCCGGAGCCUGCGGGGACUGCCCGCAGCCGCCGCGCUUUGUCUUUGCGGAGCCCACAGCGGCCCCGCAGGAGCCCUACACCGUGGGGACCACGCUGAGAUACAGAUGCCGGCCGGGGUACACGAUGGCCAGUGGCAAGUCCCCAGUAGUUACCUGUGUCUCCAAUUCCAGCUGGUCGGCGGACCCCGACUUCUGCAUCGGGAAGUCAUGUGGAUCACCAGAGAUCAUGAAUGGGAAGUUUGAUUACACAACAAAUCUGUUCGGGGCCACAAUAACCUACACUUGUAACACUGGGUACCGGUUAAUUGGGGCAUCGUCUGCGCAAUGUAUCCUUAGAGGCAAUGAAGUUACUUGGGAGAAGGUUCCAUACUGUGACAUUAUUUCCUGUUUACCACCUCCUCCUGUCAAGAAUGGGCAGCUCAACAAUGGGAACAGAGACUUCACCUUUGGCAUGGCCGUAACCUACAGCUGCAAUGAAGGGUUUGCUCUUAUUGGAGAUGCCACAAUUCACUGUACAGCGGAUGAAGACCUGACGGGACAAUGGAGUGGUCCAGCCCCUGAAUGCAAAGUGGUCAGAUGUGAAAAUCCAGAAGUGAAAAAUGGGAGAAGGUUAUCAGGCUUUGGCAGUAAGCACACGUAUAAAGAUACAGUGACCUUUGACUGCAAGCCUGGUCACUUCUUGAAUGGUAGCAGUGUAGUUACGUGUGAAGCAGACAGUACAUGGAAGCCACCUCUGCCAACGUGUGACCCAUUCCACUGUGGUCCUGCUCCACGCUUCCCUUUUGCUGAGUUAACAAGUGCUGUGGCUGAGGGCUUUGUUGCUGGAACUGAGCUGGAGUAUCAGUGCAAGCCAGGUUAUGCUGCAGCAAGUGGGAAGUCCUCUGUUGUCACUUGUCUGCGCGAUGGAACUUGGUCUGCAGAUGUGGACUUCUGCAUACGACAGCAAUGUGCUCCUCCCACAAUAGAGAAUGGGAAUGUUACUGCAGACAAUUUCCUGUUUGAGACAGUGGUGACAUUCAUCUGUCAUCUAGGGUAUAAAUUAAAGAAGUCACCUUAUGCCAAAUGUGUGGUAUCAGGAAAAGGAGUCGACUGGGAUACAACACCUCCAUACUGUGAAAUUAUUUCCUGUUUACCACCUCCUCCUGUCAAGAAUGGGCAGCUCAACAAUGGGAACAGAGACUUCACCUUUGGCAUGGCCGUAACCUACAGCUGCAAUGAAGGGUUUGCUCUUAUUGGAGAUGCCACAAUUCACUGUACAGCGGAUGGAGACCUGAAGGGACAAUGGAGUGGUCCAGCCCCUGAAUGCAAAGGACUGCUCCUCAGUGCUCUCUGUGAAGAGCCCCCCAGGAUUAAGAAUGGGAUGCACAAUGGCACAAAGGGAAUGGACUUUUCUCAUGGCACUGUUGUAGCUUAUAAAUGCAAGGAGGGUUUCACCCUUGCUGGAGCAGCCUUUCUUCAGUGCAUUGUAGGAGAUAAAUCCUGGGGAGACUGGAACAAGCCUGCUCCUGAAUGCAGAGGUGGAGCGAGCAUGAUCAUUGCUGGAAUCUUCCCCCUCCUACUGGCAAUGCUCAUUAUGGACAUCUAGAUUAGUGAGCAGAUACAGCAGGAGGCACCUAAAGCUGUGUUGGACCUGAUCACAGUUCUGCCCUUGUCCCUCCUGUGAAACUGGUCUUGAAGAAGCAGCCAACAGACCUUGAAGAACAAAGCAACUUGUGUGCCAGGCUGGGAAUGCUGGUCAGGAAUCAAGUGCAUUAUCCCUGUGUGAAGCUGCAGUGAUGCCAAAGACCUUCACACUGCAAUAGUGUAGGCUCAAGAAAACCCUUCACUUUGGGUACUACCACAUGUUCAGUUUCUCAGCCCUAUGAAGGUCACUUUGUGCCUGGUCCUGGUCAGGAUUUGGGGUGUUCUGAGAUGGAAAGUGCUGCCAAGAGGAUUAACAGUGAAUGUCUUCACUUGAGUGACACAUCCCUUAAAAAUGGUUUGAUACAAGGAGGAUGCUUCAGUCUGUGAGUACUGAAGGCAUUGAAAAUGUUCAUACAUAAGCAGCGGUUCAAGGUGAGUCUGAACCGUUGUGAAAUAGCAAUUCUUAUGGAUCAGUAACUUAACUGGAGAGAAAACAAUUUAAAUGCCUCAUUACAAAGAGCUACUCUUCUCACGGUUUGCUCGAGUUAGCUUUAAACUACAGCUGAAUAGCUCUGCCCUGGCACUAUCUUUGUAUCACGUUGAGGCUCUUCUGCAAGUACCUUGCACAAACGCCCUGUCUUUGCAAUGGCUUCAUGCUUUCCUGAAGCUUUAAGUAGGCUAAAAGCCCUAUUGAAGGACACAGAGAGGGGAUGCUCAGGGACAGUAGAGCUCAUCCAUGGGCUUGAGGUAUUUGUGCUGAAUGUGGAACUUGCAGGUGUCUUGGCAGAUGCCACAUCAGGAAGCUGCUGCAUGUGAACAUGUUCACUUCUCCUCACACAUCACCUGCCUGGGGUGGCUGGUGGGGGGAUGCUGCUGAGUUUGCACUGAAUCAAUGCUGAGUUUGCACCGAAAAGGCUUUUUCAGGUGGUGCUGUGCACCCUGACAAUGCUGGCUCAGCCCCAGGCUGCCUCGGGACUGCUGUGAUGCUGUACCCCAGGUAGGGGCAGAGGCACAUCAAGCCAAAGCCUUAAUUUACUCCAGCAGGACACAAACCCCAUGUCUUUUGUGUGCUUUCUUUUCAUCCUGUUUUACCUAACCUUAGUUGAUUGUUGUGUUGAGUAUGGUUUGCAGAGGUGGAUGGAGGUGAGUGUGGAAGCUGUCCCAUCCCUAACUUGAGCCAGGCUUUGGCAGUGCCAUGAGGACAACUUGGAUAAUGGGGCCCAACUCACCUUGCCUAAACCAAAGAUGUGCAAAAGCACCCUCAGUUUAUUUGCUUGAUGAAAGCCCACGGUGUGGUGCUGGUGUCCUUGCCCGGUUUUAACUUAGCCCUGCUAAAUGAUCUCUUAGUAAGCUGAUCUCUUAGGUGCGUAGCAUCAUGUAAACUGAAAUAAAGAUUUGAAGGUUUCCUGUUUAUUAGGGAAACAAAACUGUGAUCAAUUUAAACCUUUUAAACUUGAAUCCAGCUGUAGAUGCCAGGACUUUCAGCUGCUGGUAAAGCAGGACUUUGAGGUUUGGGGUUUUGUCUGAUGCAGAAGGUAAAUAACCCGUCUGAGCUUCUCGUGAUGCACGGUUGGGAACAAGAAGUGUUUGAAAUGUGACUACUGCAUCUGUUUUUGCUUCUGCAUUUUCACCCCUGAUUUCCUGUUAAUUUGUUAACAUCAAAUGAGAGGGGGGAAAAACUCAAGUGGCCGUUUCCAGCAACACAUUUGCCUUGUUCCAAAUAGACCCACAAAGUUCUCCCUUCCCAGCAGAGCACUGUCCUGGUCAGCUCUCACUGAGAUCCUGUUUUCAGAAGCCAGUCUUGCAGAACAAGCAGAUUCCUGCUUCUUUUUAUCUGUCUCUUCCCAUAAGCUGUCUGAGUGAUGAGGUGAACGUAACACAAUGUAAAGCCUCCUAACUUAGUGUUGGGUUCUGUUUUGGUACUCUAAUCCCAACACAAUUGUUCCUCCUGCAUAUAGUCCCAAGUGGUUUUUCCAAAUGAUUUAAUGCCUGAUUUGGGGAUCAGCUUGAAAUGAACUCCCUGUAACCACACGGAAGGAACUGGCAAUGCUGUGACAUAGCUUACGGGUCCCAUCACCAACAUUUGCUGUUGAAGAGAGCUUAUCUACUGUGUUUAUAAUUGAGUUGUACAUAAUUUUACUUUAGAACCUGAGUACAAAUGUUGGCUAUGUAAAUAUAGGAAGCUCCCUGUCAAUAAAACAGACAAAAAGACUG